AUGCUGAAAAUUAGGCCCUCAAAAGACAGCUGCUGGUACUGGAGAAAAAAUUGUGACAUCCGUGACAUAUAUGUAACUGGAUACAUAGGAAAUGGUUGGCAAUCGAGGACAGGAAAGUACACAAUCAAGAGUGGCUAUAAUUGGAGAAGAGGAAGACUAGAUCAAUUGCCUUGGUGCAGAGGAAUGUGGAAUAAAAUGAAUGUCCCUAAACACAGCUUCAUCAGUUGGCUUGUGAUGAGGAAGAAACUGCUGACAAAAGAUAGAACACUGAAAAUGAAAAUAACUGAAGAUAGUGACUACAUGCUAUGCGUAGGAAACACAGAAUCCAUUGAACAUUUGUUCUUUGAAUGCACAUACUCAAGAUUGUGCUUGGCUGAAGUGUUAAAAUGGCUUGGGAUGAAUAUACAGAACAUGGAAGUGACGGGGAUAUGGAGAAGGAUGACUAGAAUUGCAAAAGGGAAAAUUGGAAGAUCAUUUACGAAGGCAGUUCUGGCAGCAGUCAUAUAUCAUAUAUGGAAAGCCAGGAAUGAAGCUAUAUGGAGGAAAAUAGUACCUCGACCACAAGUAGUGUUAAAACAGAUUCAACAUGCAUUCAAAUACAGAUGCUUGGAGAUAAUACAGAAGAAGAAGAGCAAGGGAAAUAUGAGCUGGUUUGAAAAAUUAUAUAGAUAG